AGUUCCUGUGUCUGACUUGUCAUUAGUAUCACAAGUGAAAAAAUGGCUACGAUGGAAGAGUUCCUGCUUCACUACACCAAUACAACCACUCCAAUCAGCACAUUGCUGACCUUACUUAUCCUCUAUCUGGUCUCCUCAGGCUUCAGCCCUCAGGGGCAGGAGCCUCCAGGGCCCAGACCACUGCCUCUGCUGGGUAAUCUGCUGCUUUUGGAUCCCAAGUCACCUCACACAGCGCUGUAUGAGCUCUCCAAGAAGUACGGACCGGUUUACACCAUGCACUUUGGACCUAAGAAAACCCUGGUGCUGGCAGGACACAAGACGAUCAGACAGGCUCUGGUCCAGAAUGAUGCAUUUGCAGAUAGAGAAGCUUUGCCAAUUAUAAGUGACCUGAAAUUAACACACGGACACCCCAGUGGUUAUUCUACUGUCGUCUGCUCUUCAAGAUGA